AUGGCAACAUCAAACCCGCUGACAGCUGACCAGAUCCGGCGAAUGGAGGAGAACAAGAGACGAGCCCUGGCACUGCGCGCACAGAAACAGGCACAACAGACCACAGGAAGGGAGAACUCAUGCUCUAAUACAGCAUCCAGAAAUACCAACACUUUGUUACCGCAAAAACAGAAUAAGAGUAGUACUAGUAGCACAAACUUUGCAGCAAGAAAAGAGGGAAAAGUUCUGCCGAGGUUUGGAGAGGGAGGGACUGGCACGUGUGUUCUGUUGUCCAGGGAGAGAUUUGAAGUGCAGGUUGGGUACUGUGCACCACUCAUCGAGGUGUUCAAACAGAUGCCUACUAAAUACUACGAUAUGCAGACGAGGGUGUGGAGUUUUGAGCUGAAAGACUAUGAGAAACUGAGUAAAGUCCAGAAAGCUCAGCUGCCUGUCCAGUUGUCCCCCCUCCCCAAGUCCGUCCUGACCACGUUUAAGAACCAGUUGAAGGGGAAGAUGACAGAGGAGCUGGACAGGAGAGUUCCAGAGGCAGACCUCAGUCGGGUGGAGCCAAAACUAGUCAACACACUCCUGCCCUUCCAGAGGAAGGGAGUCAAUUUUGCAAUCUGGCGGAAUGGGCGUGUGUUGAUAGCAGAUGACAUGGGGCUGGGUAAGACCAUGCAGGCUCUGUGUGUAGCAGCCUACUACAGACAGGAGUGGCCUCUCCUCAUCGUCACACCUUCAUCACUCAGGCUCACAUGGGCAGAGGCAUUCCAUCGGUGGCUGCCCAGUGUAGACCCACAGGCCAUUACUGUGAUGCUGACCGGUAAGGAUAACCCCAGGUCAGGACAGGUCACCAUCACCAGCUAUGACCUCAUGGUCAGGUGCAGUCAGCAGAUCAGGGCCCGCGGGUACAGGGUCAUCAUCAUGGAUGAGUCCCACGUGUUGAAAAACUUCAAGACAGCCCGGACAAAAGCAGCACUGCCACUGCUGAAGACUGCAUCCAGAGUGAUCCUGUUGUCAGGCACCCCCGCCCUGUCUCGUCCUUCUGAACUCUUCACACAGCUGUCUGCCGUGGAGCCCAGACUCUUCAGCAGCUUCCACGAGUUUGGUGUCAGGUAUUGCGAGGGCAAACAGACUGCCUUCUGCUGGGACUACAGCGGCUCCUGUAACAUGAAGGAACUUCAGUUGGUCCUGGAAGAAAGGGUUAUGAUCAGACGACUGAAGAAGGAUGUCCUCUCUCAGCUGCCCUCCAAGCAGAGACAAGUGGUGGUUAUGGAGCCAGGAGUAGUCAACAUGAAGAGUUUUCAGGCAGCUGCCACAGAAAUGACAAAGAAACACAAGAAUAAUGCAGAACAGAGAGGAGCCCUUCUCCAGUACUUCAAUGAGACUGCACUGGUCAAGAUCCCUCACAUCAAAGACUAUGUUCUGGACCUGUUGGAGUCAGACAGGAAGUUCCUGGUGUUUGCUCAUCACCAGAUUGUCCUGGACUCACUUGGAGAUGUUCUGGACAAGAAGGGUUAUGGGUACAUCAGGAUAGACGGUAAGACCCCGUCAGACAUGAGACAGCAGCUGUGUGACAGGUACCAGCUGAAGGACAGCUGUCAGGUCGCCCUGCUGUCCAUCACAGCGGCUAGCACAGGGCUCACCCUCACAGCUGCCUCGCUGGUGGUGUUCGCUGAGCUCUUCUGGAACCCUGGGGUUUUGGUGCAGGCAGAAGACAGAGCUCACAGGAUUGGUCAGCAGGACUGUGUCAAUGUUCACUACCUUGUUGCAAGGGGCACAGCAGAUGACUACAUAUGGCCUUUAGUGCAGGGCAAACUGGAUGUCCUGAGUAAGGCAGGCCUGACCAAAGACGACUUCUCCACAGCCGACACAACCAGCUUCAGGGACCCCAAACAGGAGUCCAUCCUCUCCUACCUGGAACAGUCCUUCUCUUGUGAUGACCCUGAGGAUGACAUGGCACUUCUGGAAGCCAUGGAGGACUACGGGAUACAGGAAGGUCAUUCCAAGGACAGUUCCGCUAGAGUGACUGCUAAACAAAGUGACAAAGGAGCAACUACUAAGGAGUCUGCAAGAUACACAUAUAAAGGACCUGAGCAGGCAACAAUGGACAAGUUUGUUGUCCAGCAACCUGACGCCAAGGAACAAGGUACCGCAGAGGAUGAUGGGAAAGUAAUGGGCCAUCAUGACUGUGGUGAAAGCGAUGCCUUUGGUCCUGAUGAUGACAUGGAUGUUUACUUGGAUGACCCUCUGUGGCUGGAUGAUUUGGGGGAGGACGAUUUUGACCAAGUCGACUUGCUGGAGCCAGAGAGUAAAAGGCAAAGAAUGGCAUAG